UUAACACACCCUCUAAAGUACAAGCCGAUGUUGAUCGCCGAAGAUGAGCUCGGAAAUACUCCUCCUCCGGGAAAGCCAGCCGUCAGAGUCUCCUCUGGAGGAUGGAGAUCGGCGAGGCUCAUCAUAUUUGUAGAAAUGGCCGAGCAGUUCGCCUCUUACGGAACAUCGUCCAACCUCAUAACGUACUUGACAGGACCACUGGGACAGUCAACAGCCGCAGCUGCAGCAAAUAUCAACGCUUGGAGUGGAAUGGAAGCAUUUCUUCCACUUCUCUGGAGCUUUGUCGCUGACUCGUUUCUUGGCCGUUUCCGUACCAUCAUAAUCUCAUCUUCUUUAUACAUCUUCGGACUUGGGUUGCUGUCUUUUUCAGCCAUGAUUCCUUCUCACUCCAAAGAUUCGAAUCAACUCCAAGUGACUCUCUUCUUCAUCUCUCUGUAUCUUAUAGCCAUAGGACAAGGAGGUUUUAGCCCUUGUAUUAAGGUAUUUGGAGCUGAUCAAUUCGAUGGAAAUGACCUACAAGAGUUGAAAGCAAAGAGUUCGUUUUUCAACUGGUUGAUGUUUGGAAGCUGUGUUAGCAUAUUGACAACUCGUUUGAUCUCUAGCUACAUCCAAGAGAAUCUAAGCUGGUCCUUAGGAUUUGGUAUUCCAGGUGCUUUCAUGCUACUUGCUCUGCUUCUCUUCCUUCUUGGAACUAACACUUACCGUUUCACUACUGAGAGAAGAGGUAACACAAACCCUUUUGCUAGAAUCAUUCGUGUUUUUAUAGAAGCCGUAAAGAACAGAAGACAACCAGAUUUACACAUUGCUAACCCGAACGAGACCCUACUUCUCGUGUCUCACCAGAGUUCCAAGCAAUUUAGAUUCCUUGACAGAGCGGCGGUUUCGUGUGAAUUGUCUGAAAUUGAAGAAGCAAAAGCAGUGCUUAAGCUUGUUCCCAUAUGGAUAAAUUGCUUGGUUUAUACCACUGUAUGUUCACAAAUCCCUACGUUCUUCACAAAGCAAGGAUCAACAAUGAACAGAUCAAUCUCACUAGGAAUCUUAGUUCCCGCAGCUGCGCUCCAAUGCGUCUUAAGCUUAGCAAUGGUUGUUUUCAUCCCAAUCUACGACCGUUUAAUCGUCCCAAUCGCAAGAUCUUUUACUCAAAACCCUUUAGGAAUCACAACGCUUCAGAGGAUUGGCACAGGCAUGUUUCUCUCCAGUAUUGGCAUGGUGGUAGCCGCUUUGGUCGAGACCAAAAGGCUCCAAACUGCCCAAGAUGAUGUCACAAUAAUGAUGAGCGUGUGGUGGUUGGUUCCACAGUAUGCUAUCUUUGGUGUCUCGUAUGCGUUCUUAAAUAUUGGUUUGCAGGAGUUCUUCUACGACCAAGUCCCUAGUGAGCUUAGGAGCGUUGGUAUGGCUCUGUACCUAAGCGUAUUUGGGGUCGGCAGCUUCCUAAGCAGCUUCAUGAUAUCAGUCAUCGACAAAGUCACAAGCCAGCUUUGUCAAACGAGCUGGUUUGAUAACGAUCUGAACAAGGCUCAUUUAGAUUACUUCUACUGGCUACUUGCUUGUGUUAGUUCCAUUGGUCUAGCCUCCUACUUGUGGUUUGCCAAGUCUUAUGUGUACAAUUGA